UCUCCAAACUAAUAAUUUACCUGAGCUGAUAAUUAAACAAUGUCUUCUUCUUCUUCUUCUUCUUCUUCUUCUUCUUCUUCUUCUUCUUCUUCUUCUUCUUUGUUGUCGCCGCUGCAGCUACCAAUGAAACCAAUUCCUGGUGACUGCGGACAUACGUUCUUUGGUCCAUUUCGAGAUCGUUUAGCAUACUUUUACCAUGAAGGUAGAGACAAGUUCUUUGAGAACCGAAUCCAAAAGCACAAAUCCACAAUCAUCAAAACUAAUAUGCCUCCUGGACCUUUAAUUGCCUCUUGCCCUCGUGUUGUUUGUCUUCUGGAUGCUGUCUCCUUUCCUGUCCUUUUCGACACUUCAAAAGUUGAAAAACGUGAUGUUCUUGACGGAACUUUCUUGCCUUCCCUGGCCUACACUGGUGGCCAUCGUGUUUGCGCCUACCUCGACCCUUCCGAGCCAAAGCACACUUCUUUGAAAUCCUUCAUUUUGUCUACUCUCUCAGCCCGACAUCAUAAGUUCAUACCACUCUUUCAAACAGGCUUAUCAGAGAUUUUUAAUGAGCUUGAAGCUCAAAUUUCUAGCAAAAAAGAAGCUUAUUUUAACACCUUGAGCGAUACCAUGUCUUUUAACUACGUUUUUCGCCUCUUCUGUGACAAAAGCCCUAGUGAAACAGGGAUAGGUUUUAAAGGACCAAAACUUGUUGACAAAUGGUUAUUGUUUCAGCUUGCACCACUUGGAUCACUAGGGUUGUUACCAAAUCUUCUAUGUUAUUUCGAAGAUAUUUUGUUGCGCACAUUCACUUUCCCUUUUUUUCUCGUUAAAUCUGAUUAUAAAAAACUGUACGAUGUGUUUUAUGAGUUCGGAAGCUCAGUGUUGGAUGAAGCUGAAAGUAAGUUCGGGAUUGAAAGAGAUGAAGCUUGCCAUAACCUAGUUUUCCUUGCUGGUUUUAAUGCUUAUGGUGGUAUGAAAGUCCUCUUCCCUGGGCUGAUUAAAUGGGUUGCAUUAGCGGGACAAAAGGUACACAAGAAAUUAGCUGAUGAAAUCAGGACUACCGUCGAAGUGGAAGGUGGGGUUACUUUAUCUGCCUUGAACAAAAUGGUUUUGACCAAAUCAGUGGUUUAUGAAUACCUAAGGAUCGAUCCUCCAGUUCCUUUCCAGUAUGGCAAAGCUAAGGUUGAUUUUGUAAUUCAAAGCCACGAUGCAGCCUUUGAGAUCAAGAAAGGAGAGAUGAUAUUUGGAUAUCAACCGUUUGCAACUAAAGAUCCCAAGGUUUUUGAGAACCCUGAGGAAUUUGUGGGUGAUAGAUUUGUUGGGGAAGGAGAGAAGCUGUUAAAGUAUGUUUAUUGGUCGAAUGGGCGUGAGACGGAGGAGACGAGGGCGGGGAACAAGCAUUGCGCUGGGAAAGAUCUGGUGGUACUGUUGUGUAGAGUAAUGGUGGUGGAGCUUUUCCUUCGUUAUGAGACGUUUGAGGUUGAGAGUGGGACGUUUAUGUUCGCUCCAUCAGUGACGUUCAAGUCACUGACUAAAGUCUCGUCACCAUGAUUCCAAGAUUGGUUGUAUUGAUUGUCAUCUUUCCUGUUAAUUUCUUAAGUCCAACAUUUACAAAUUACAAACAAGGUUUCGUCUUUCGUUUUUAAAUUUGUAAAUCCAACCACUUUCCCCCAA